CCCACUUGUUGCGCCAACAUUCCAACAUUCCAAGGUUCCGUCGACGACACACUUCUGCCAACAAUCCCUUUCUUCCCAUUGAAACUUCUCCAUCCACGUCAGAUGUGCGUGUAAACAGCACACGAAGUAUUCUGACCACGACUUCUUUCUUAUUCUUCUUCUCACCAAAACCUUUACCUCGACCUCACAUCGACCUCACUUUCAUUUCACCACCCCGAAACCCUAGUUCGCUUCUUGAGCCCCGGUCUAAUCUUCCCCUGCAUCGUCCCCCCAGCCACCGUCAUUUUCUCAACGCCGUCGACUUUCACACCUGCGAUCUUCCGACUUUGACAGUCGCUUCUCUGCGCGUCCGGCACGUCUCUUCUGUCGCAAAAUCCACAACAACUCGCAGUCAUUUUGCUGACUGCGCAUACCACUCGACCGAUACAUCCGCAGUCGGUUCAUACACGCACGCACUUCCACACAUACACACACUCACUGCACGCCGCAAACCGCGGUGGCGCUCUCCGUCCUUUUCUUUUCCACCAAAAGCGCGCUUCCACCAGUCUGGUCGAUCGCAUAACUGCAUAACCGAGUCUUGACACGCGUCCACAACAUGAACGCUUGAAUACGGGAAAAGACACUCAUCUCGAUCUUGACCAGUUCUGCUCAGAAGCGCCUUCCUGCGCGCAACAUCACGUUGACGCCGUCGAUCCGAGACCCGUGCGCACACUUCCUCCUCACAGCCAUGGCAGGUCGCGAACCUUCACCCACGCUGAUGGCCUCGUCAGCGCAGCGCAACAAACCACAAAUCUCAAUAACCCUGCCGCGGAAUUUCGCUCCUCUCAGCCUCGACAGCGGCGACGAUCCCAAGACACCCGAUCAGACCUUUGCUGAGCUCAAACUACCUCCUGCACCACAUCACUCAACCUGCCGCGUUCGCCGGACGCGAGUCACGAUGGACAACUUUCAGGCGCGUAACAAUUCUCUACUGCCCACGCUGUUCGCUUCAGAAAUUCCAAUUCCUUCCAGCGCGCAGUCGACUCAGACCGAAUUCCUGGACGCCGAGAUCCCGAUUCCUUCUAUCGAGGCAUCCUCGUUGCGACCGUCCUACCAACACAGCAUUACAGAUCCAUCACCAAGUGACAGACUAAAGUUGUCCACGUUCCGAGACAUGCAACUUCCACGAACUCCCAUCGCUCAGACCAAGCCAGUCUCUUCCGAGUACAAGAAUGGUGCCUGGGAUAUGCGACGUUCUUCCUCAGAAUGUUCGACUCGCUCGGAUUCUUCAGAGUCGUGUUCUUCGGAAAACUUCGCGACCCGACCUACCUCAUUUGAUGGCAGCGCGACGAGUCCAGACCUAGACUCUCAGGAUCCAUUUUCGCCUACACUGGUCAAGAUCAUUCCAGACACACCUUCACGGAAGAGCAAGAAGUUGAAAAUCAACACUAUGCUCGCCAAAGGCAACGUGAAAUGGAGCAUUGAAAUGGACAACCACUUAUUCAACGUCUAUCAAAUGUACUUGGCAGAUCCUACAGUGACCCCAUUCAAGACACUACCUGGCAGUAUCCCCCCAACGGGCGUGUGCCACCGUGUCGCCCGAAAAGCUAAGGAAACCUGGCCACGAGCAAGCAGAAUCAACCGACCAUUGAUCAAGCGAUACAAGAUGCGCAAUGUCAUUGAGAGCCGGAGUCUGGCUCGAGAGCGGACUCCAGAGCCUAAUGAUUUCUUACGCACUGACGACGCUAGAAUUGCCUGGCCUUCCGAGUCUGCCACUAGAAAGCGUCUGAAGCAGUUGUGCAAAGAAAAGUUCACCAUCUCGGCUCACUAUCAACGUUUGCGAGAAUCAAGAAGUCCCUCUCCAUUCCAUGAUCAAUUUGCUCGUCGUCCAUCUUCGAGACUUUCAAGAUCAACAUCAUGUCAAGCCGAUCCUGAAGCCACGACUGCUUAUGCGACACGCGAAUUGGGUAUUUCUUUGGUGGCUAGCAGUGCAACAGGACCUCUCGCUCAGCUGGUUACAGAUUCACCACCAACACAGAAAAUGUCUGAUGAUUGGUUCAAUGCUCCCGUGAACAAUUCUUCGGAUCCCAUGAUGUUAUCGACACCCCUCGAGCCGGAACACAACAAGCUCAAGGUUGCAAACAGCAUUCCCCGAUUGGCAUCGCCAUUUAAUUAUAGUACAUGGAAUGGAUCAAGCAACUCAAAUCACCACCAUCGACGACACAUCAGUCAUAACCAAUUCGAGACCAUCCAUGCUACAGGUUCAAGACUGCUCUCUCCGUUCAGACCAGAGCCUGAUACUUCACUCAACGCCAACAAACGUCGCGCCCAGCAUAACCUGGAAGAUGAGAUGAGCCCAAGUGGAAGCAAUCUUCCCGUGAACCCUGAACUCAAUCUUCCAACACCCACCACCUUCGAACCGAAGCCUGAGCCUCGGCCGGAGCUAGUUUUCACAGGCGCUGGCGACAUUCACCAACGAAGAAUUCGUGUUCGCAAUAGGGGUGCGACACUCAGCGCUGUCCACAGCCGAGAGCAUAUAGCACGUCUCUUCAACCCUCCGUUCGGCGUGGAUGGUUCCAGCGAAGACAAUGGGAUUCCACCCGUUCCACACUUGCCAGAUUCUCUUGCAGCUUUGGCAGCUCCCACCAACAAAACGAGUACUUCGUCGUCGCUCACAGUUCCGGAGGUUGAUCCUACACAAAAGCGACUUGGCAGUCCAUUCGAGUUGGAUCCCAACAAACGUAGUCAACGUGCAAGACUGCCGAGACACGUUCCAAGUUUAUCCGACCCAUUCAUCAACACAAGCGCAUUCGCUACGACGCCGAGUCACGGUCAUACUAGCAGUAUGAGUAUUGGAGAAAGAUUGGCAAUGUUUAACACAUACCAUCCGAGUCACUUUCAACGUCAAGGAUUUCCUCAACCACCGAGAGAUGAUCCUUUUGCCUAAUUGGAAUCAGGCAUCAACAUCUUCUAAACACGGUGCUAUCGUCCCUGAUUUGUUUACAUCAUGAGGAGUUUAGGACAGUCAUCUAUCAGGACAGAUUGACAAACUGGAAUUUUUGUGAGAAUCCUGGUCAACGGCGUCCAGGGCUGAUUUCACAUUCAUACCAAUAUUAUUGGGAACCAACACAGUGGGAGGCGUUGUAGGUUCAACAUGCAUCGUUAGGGCAUUCCUUUGCCCCAGAAUUUUUACCUUGGAGCGAUUUCAAUUUCGCAUGGAAUGGAGUACCUCAAAAUCAUCGAGAGAAAGAAAGAGCGAGAGCAAAAAUAAAGUCCAUCCAGAGACAAGACAAACAGAAUUGGCACGAAGAAAAAAUUACAGAGAUCAAAGCAAGACCAUUUCUAUUCUUCUCAAAUGCAAACCAUACGCUUGAGGAUAGUUGGAGUUUUUGGCACGACGAGGACAAGAACGGCAAUCGAGAAGAGAUCAUGAGAAACUAGAAUGGACAGAAUGAGGUUUUCAAUGUGUUGAUGAGGUUGAUGAGAGUUUGGAGAGCUCUUCGUCUUUAUUGUUCCCCCCCCUUUGCGGACUUGCAUGUGUGUUGGCAGGAGACUUAAUUAUCUUUCAACUGGGUUUUCAUUGCUCCGCAGAUUCAGUUGUAUUAUUUCGAGAGCUUGAGCAAGGACAUGGACUUGGGUGGGAUGGGCUCCGGGAUCAAGGGGUCGCGCUCUUUAUGGAAACCCUGGUAAAGCAUGUGUCUCCAGGUGUUGAUUGGUUUUCUUUUUUACCUUUUUCUUCGCACGUCCUGGUAUUGUCGCAGGUACGGCAUUGAUACAUCGGGAUAUGGGACACAUGGGGAUGACCUGUUGCGGUUAUUACGGAGUACCUAGGGUUUUUUUCUUCCCACCCAUGACGAAGGUUACGAAACAUGAGAAUGAGCUUGAAAUGAAUACUAUUGAGAUUCAAUUUGUUUUGCCAUGCCGAGUUCUUUUGCUGGUGUGGUUCGGAUCAGCUUUGAUUUUCCAGAGAAUGUUUUUUGACCCUGUAUUUUCCUCGUGAU